UUUCAUGGGAGAAAAAGAAAUGAAAAUGCGGAAUUUCAUCACGAGUUUUUCAUUUCUUUUCUCUUCUUUUUGUUUGUGAAACGGGUUUUCGGCAUUCGAACGGAACGUUUCAUCCGUUUAUGCUUGCUGAAUUUUCUGUAUAAUGUGUUUGGAUCUGUUUGGGUUUGAUUUACUUGAAUUUGAGGUCAAAUUAUCUCUUAUCGACUCGAUUGCAGCGACCUCCCCUGUUUACAGGACGUCCCAGGCAAACCCAUAUAUUUUUGUGAGGGCUAACUGACUUGAUCUACAGUCUGGCAAAUCGGUUCCCAUUUCAGAUGCUUCCUUGUGGAGUCCUUUCAGAAUUCAUGAGCUUUGAAUGGUCAAUCCAGAAGGAUAUGUUUGCAAAACAGAGUAAUUGGUUCAGUCAAACAGUGGACUAAGAAUUGAAUCAUCUGAAAGUUUUACUGCCAAGAAGUGGACAACUGCAUUUUAUAGUGGUUCAUUUUGGGAGUCUUUUAAGAGUUUGCCCCACAUAUCUUUGUUCUCUUGUUUAUUGCUGCUUGACUUUCUGAACAUUUAUGAAGGGUUAAAUUCUAUAAUCUCACUGACAUCUGAUGGCCAAUAGCUCAUUGGUUCCUCUAAGCUCAAUUGACACAAAAUUCAGGCUCAAAGCUCUUUAUGUGAAUGUGUAAGUAGCAGAAAUGAAGAAAUGGUAUGGUGGUGGUUUGAUUGCAUCCUUGUUUAUGUUGCUGGUUCUGAGGUAUGUUUUCAUGAAAAAUCCUAUAAGGGACAGUUACCUUACAAGUCCAUUCUCCUCCAAUUCAACUAAUCCCCUUGAAUGGAUAAAUGCUGGAGUUCUACCAGUAGUUCAAAAUCCAGAGAAUGCUUCACAAGUGAUUUCUGCUGAUAGUAUAGUUUCCAGUCUCUUUGGUCUGAGGAACAUCUCUGAUGAAGAGCAGCAAUCUUUGCACACAUGGGACCAUUUGAAAUACUUAAUUAAUCAUGCUCAGGUUUUACCUAAUGCAUUAGAGGCUAUUAAGGAAGCGGGAAUUGCAUGGACUAGCCUUUUGGCUUCGGUUGAAGAGGAAAAACUGGGGUAUACUAAUGAAAGUUCAGUUAAGAGAGCGAAAGAGAAACAGUGUCCUUAUUUCCUUAAUAAAAUGAAUGCCACAGAACUUGGUAGUAAUGGCUAUAAGUUGGGGGUUCCUUGCGGGUUGACUCAAGGUUCCUCCAUUACAAUUAUUGGCAUUCCAGAUGGUCUUCUUGGUAAUUUUCGGAUUGACUUAACAGGCGAACCACUUCCAGGGGAGCCUGAUCCACCCGUUAUUUUGCACUACAAUGUUAGGCUUCAUGGUGAUAAGAUAACUGAAGACCCUGUAAUUGUCCAAAAUACCUGGACUAUAGCUCAUGAUUGGGGUGAAGAGGAACGUUGUCCAUCUCCUGCUCCAGACAAGAAUAAGAAAGUGGAUGAGUUGGAUCAGUGCAAUGAGAUAGUGGGUAAAGAUGAUAAGCGGGUUCUCAUGGCUAAUUACUAUUCCAAUGGUUCAAGGCGGCUUCCAAUGGUUCAGGAAGCAUCCAAAACCAGAAAAUAUUUUCCCUUUAAGCAAGGCUAUCACUUUGUGUCAACACUUAGAGUGGGAUCAGAGGGAAUCCAAAUGACGGUUGAUGGAAAGCACAUAACAUCCUUUGCUUACCGAGAAAGUUUGGAGCCAUGGCUCGUUAGUGAAGUUAGGAUGUCUGGGGACCUGAACUUAAUAUCAGUCUUGGCCAGUGGUUUACCCACAUCAGAAGAUUUAGAUCAUGUAAUUGAUUUAGAAGCACUUAAAUCAGUUCCUCUCCUUCCUGAAAAACGGUUGGAGCUCUUCAUCGGUGUUUUCUCUACGGCCAACAAUUUUAAACGCAGGAUGGCUGUUCGGAGAACAUGGAUGCAGUAUGCUGCUGUGCGGUCAGGGGCAGUUGCUGUGCGCUUUUUUGUUGGUUUGCAUAAAAACAAAAUGGUGAAUGAGGAACUCUGGAAUGAGGCACGGACAUAUGGAGAUACACAGUUAAUGCCUUUUGUUGACUACUAUAGCAUCAUCACUUGGAAGGCUUUAGCCAUCUGCAUUUUUGGGACGGAGGUUGUUUCGGCAAAGUUUGUCAUGAAGACAGAUGAUGAUGCAUUUGUUCGUGUGGAUGAAGUGUUAGCUUCUUUAAACAGGAUAAAUGUGUCACAUGGGUUGCUUUAUGGUCUUAUCAACUCAGAUUCCCGACCUCAUAGGAAUACAGAAAGCAAGUGGUAUAUUAGCCCUGAGGAAUGGCCUGAAGAGACCUAUCCUCCCUGGGCGCAUGGUCCUGGUUAUGUUGUGUCACAUGACAUAGCAAAGCAAGUCUACAAGAGAUACAAAAAAGGUCGUUUAAAGAUGUUUAAGCUUGAAGAUGUGGCGAUGGGCAUCUGGAUUGCAGAUAUGAAGAAGGGAGGUAUGGAAGUUUGGUACGAGAAGGAAGAAAGGGUCUAUAAUGAAGGGUGUAAGGAUGGUUAUGUUGUUGCUCACUACCAAGCUCCCAGGGAGAUGCUGUGUCUAUGGCAGAAACUUCAAGAAAAAAAACGAGCUCAAUGUUGUGGCGAACCAUAGGCAUAGUCAGUUUACAAUCUUGAUGACAAAUCAACUGAAGGAUAUAAUUUUUUUUUUCUUUUUUCUAGUGUUUUAGAUGUAGGAGGGGUUUGUUUCCAACAUGGAUGUAUAAUUAGGAAUUAGGAGCUAGAGUCUGCAUAUAGGUAGUCAAUCUGCUUGAGUUGGUGGAGAUGCUGUGAAUUUAAAAUGGCAUGGAGGAAUUGUACCAUAUGUGAGAGAGCUGGUGCCAGGUACAGAUUACACUAUCAAUAAUAGAAGAGUCUGCACCCUAUAAUAGGAUCUUAGGAUUUAAAGGUCUUGAUAAAUUGCUGAUUUUACAUUCUUUUUGUUAAUCUGAAAAGUUGAUAAUUGUUUGGCUUAAUUUGCA